GGAGUGACUGUGAAAAUGAUGACUACAGAUGUAAGCCAGUGGGAUGAAACUAUUUGUGAUGAGGUUCUUUGUCAGCAUCCACAGUGCUGGGAUACACUGAGGAGGAUUGAAGAAGGACGUCCUCGGAUCCGUUUAAGAAAUUCUGAUUCAAUUUCUAGAAUGUUUUUGGAAAGUGAAGAUGAAUUUCCAACACUGAAAAUACUAAACAUGCCCACCAGCCAGUCUUUGAGAAGAUGCAUCAGAUGCUCCAAGUGCCACAGAACUUUCUCUAUCUCUGCUGCACCCUCUCUUCUAAAUUCUGUGCUUCAGGAAAGUUCAAAUGAAGAUAGUAUUGUCAGUUCAGAAAGACCUAUUUUCCCAGGCUUGAACUCUGCAGCAGGGUCAAAUGUUAUCUCACCUAGACAGAUGAGCUUCAUGGUCUUGAAUAACAUUGGAAAAAGAAGAAUGAAAUCCAGGAAAAUCCCUGCAGGAGGCCAGCCCAGUCUUGUGUAUCCAAAGAGAAGCCAGAUACUUAGCAACUCAUCCAAAACAAGAAAAUCACUUCUCGACUACAAAACUGAAGGUUUUGCAGACAAAGAUGGGGUACUAAGCCAAUCUUGCCCUGGACAGCUGCAGAUUGCAACCGUAGUGGAGCUGCAAGAUGAAGGUGGCCUGAAGCUGAUGAGCAGGCAGCCAGGCUUGUCUCAAGCCAAAUCAAAAUCAUCUCGUCCCUUGCUAAUACAAAAGGCUCCAGUAAUGGUGAAUUUGAAAGAAAGAAGCUCACAAAGAAUCAAAAACAGUCAGUAUCUGAGGAAGCCAACAAAAAUCAAAACCAGACCAGACAGCAUGCCCUUGUGCCUCUUUUCGAAACUGGAAGAAGAGCCUGACUACUUGGAUCUGUUUGCAUUUCCUGCUGGGUUUCUGCAGUGCUGCAUGGACCGUGGCCCUGAGCAGCCCCAUGCCCAGCUGGAUAUGUCACUCAAAACAGGACAGGGCAGAGUCCCUGGUCGCUGGAGCUGGAGCGUGUGUCCUCCCCACCGAAGGGGCCAUGCAGUGCCACGCAAUCCUCCCUGCAGAAGCAGAGGGGGCCGCUGGUGAGCAGAAGGAAGAUCAGCCACGCGCGGGUGAAAGGGAAAGGUCAGCUGAAGCUGUCCAUCGAGGUGCGGGGCCGGGUCC